AUGAACGAUCUGUCCACACCGAAAGAGCGCUUCACCAUUCAUCGCCAUAUAAAUCCACAGUACGACGAAUCGAGCGACGCCGAAAGGCGUUCGGAGCAUAAGCGGUGGCAGAAACAGCCGACAGUGGUGGCGAAGCGGAAUGCACGUGAACGCACGCGCGUUCAUACCGUUAACCAGGCAUUUGUUACCCUGAAAUUUCACCUGCCAUCGUUACGAGCGCAUACGAAACGAGUAUCCAAGCUGAAAAUCCUCAACGCUGCUAUCUCCUAUAUUGAUUCGCUAGUUGCUAUACUCAAGGUAAGGAAAAACUAG